GAUCGACACAGCCACAGCUCAAGGCGAGCCCAGAACGAUAAAAGCGCAUGCGCAUGUCAUUCAAGACUCGAUGAUUGGCUUGCUUUUUCUUCCGCAGCGCAGCAUCAGUGCUAUAUUUAUACGUACCUCUGUACAUUAACUACGUACGUAUCGAGAACGGGAGUGAACGCGUGCAAUCCGAAAUGGACAUCUCAUUUUUGUACUGAAAAUUUCGGAUUUUACAAUUGUCAAAAUCUUCCCGGAAUUGUAUCGUUGGCAUGUACAUUUUCUUUCCCCGAUGUCGUGAUAUAAAAUAAUUUUUCGUAUAGCCGAUCUAUGCGAACUUACAACUCUUGAGAAAUCGGUGUGAAUUUGUGCAAUCAUGGACAAGGACAAAGAGAAACAAGGCGUUUCGAUCAGUGCCUACCUAAUCCCAGAGGUGGUGAAGACCAAGCCAAAGGUCACAUCCAAUGUUGAGGAUACCCCUGCACCCGAUGGUACUCCAGACCGAGCCACCAAGACGCUGCCUGAAGGGCUGGGGAUUCGUGCCUCCGGCAUCCCUGCCGCUGGCCUAGGGGUCUGGGCAGAGAGAGACCUUGAAGAAGGGACUCGCUUCGGGCCGUACGAAGGAGUCGAGGUGGACAAGAUUGCAGGCUACAAAAGUGGAUAUGCAUGGGAGAUUCGUAGUGAUGGAGGCCAAGGAGAACUCAUCCAUUGUGUGGAUGCUGAGGAUGAGACCAAGAGCAACUGGAUGCGCUACGUCAACUGUGCCUGCAAGGAGUCGGAACAGAACUUGAGGUCGUACCAGGAUGGUGAAGAUAUCUUCUACAUAGCUUACAAACCUAUCAAGGCUGGCACUGAACUCUUGACCUUCUACGGAGAGGAGUACGGCAGGAAGCUGGGCGUUGAGACGGAACCUUCGACAGUUGCCACAGGAGACACUCACCUCUGUAACAUCUGCGGCCAACUUCUUACAUCAGUAGAGUUCCUGACUCGUCAUCUGAAGUAUGUUCACCAGAGUCGUUACGGAAUUCCCUCGACGUACAACAUGAAUGCUGAUGUUUCUGAUUAUAUGAAAUCAGUGAAGCAAGGCAAGGACCUACUGGAGAAAGCAGUGAGCCAAACAGACACAAGUCCUAAGACGUCAGCGAAGAAAGCUGCAAUUAGAAAGUCUAGACUCGGUUCUGCAAUACAGAGAGCUAUCAAGUCUACCAGACCCUCGAAGGCUCCGAGUACUCCUAAGAAAGGAUCUGAAGACCUGGUCCUACUGGACAAUGAGGAUGAUGAUAUCAGAUUGACCGGUAGCACCAGUAAGCAUUCCUGGUCCCUGAAAGCCGAUUCUGAUGAUGAACUAGCAGAUACAGCUGUACCAGACCCUGUGGUGUGCACGGUGUAUGAAGAUGUACAAGAUUGGGCAGAGGGGUUAAUAGAUCUUGAUGAAGGUAAAGAUGUAGAUGAGAUGAAAGCAAGCAGAGAUAAGCUGUCACCAGAACAGGAUGAAAGUGAACUUGACUGGCAUCUGUGUCAUGAAUGUGGACAGCUCUUUGAUGAGGAGGAAUAUCUGGAGAUCCAUGUUGCUGCUCGUCACAACAAUGGAGGUAAAGAUGUCGCUGAUAAAAAGACGACACCCUCCACAGAAGCUACUACCGAUGGUAAGGCUUCCUCAAAGUCUGAAGACCCAAUGACAAAGAAGAUUAGCAAUGCAGAAGGGAAGAAGAUGACCGUUCUCUUGGGGAUAAAGAAAAGCGUGAAGCCAGCAACGGGAGGGACUGCAAAAGAGCACAGCAGUGAUGUUGGUGCCAGGAGUGAUAACAUAUUUGACAAGUUUGGACCGAUCCUUGGAAAAAGGACAACCUCAAAGGCUGAAGAACGAUCUGUUAUUGCGAAAGCUGAUGUAGUAGAGAUAACCAGGGUUGAGAACGCCGAUGACGACAAAGCAAAGGAUGGACCAGUGCAAGUAGACCGUGAAAGGACACAAGGGUCUGUUGACAAGGAUCUUCCAGUGCAUUCUUCAAGAGAUGAAGUGGAGUCUUCAGAUAAAAUCAUGGACAAAGCUGAUCAGAUAACUAUCAAUGGACAUGACCACCCAACUACAAAUGCAGGUCUCCUUGCAAUGGGAGAUGAGACGUCAGGCCAGCUGGCUGAUGUUAAUGAAGUAGGAACUGAUCAACGUGACCCUAUUUCAACUGUGGGUGAUUUUAUCCAGGUAGACGACACUGCAUAUGCUGACCAAGCCCAAGUUGGUUCUCAUUAUGCCCUGGAUGGGGAUUUCAUCCCUGCUGCCAAUGUAAACAUUGAGAAAGAGAUAGUGGAGAUCAUACCCGGUGAUGAGGAUCAAGGUGAAAGUACAGUCAACUCCUUGGCCAGUAGGAAAAUUGAAGAUGGAAUGUCCCAACAGGUAUGGAGGCAAAAUAUCUGCAGCAUCUGCAAAAAGGCGUGUCACAACAGGCAGGCUCUUGAAGAACACCAGAAGACACAUACAUUGUUUCAGUGUGUAACAUGCUUUGUGUCGUUCAUUAAUGAGGAUAGUCUUAGGCAACAUGAGGUAGAUCACAAAGAAAGGCCCUUCUUCUGUGGUACUUGUGGAAAGACAUACAAAAGUCAGUCCAGCUUAAAAGAACACGAAUACAGCCAUACUGGCCAUCGGCCAUUUGUGUGUCCAUACUGUCCAAAGGGCUUUAUGCGCAAUAAGAAACUGAAAGUCCACAUCAAGAGAAAUCAUAAGAAAUUGAUCCGUGCCGCUCAGAAGCCUCAUCCCCCUCCUUUGGUUCUGCCACAGAACAACCAGUUUGAGAAUUCUACUUCUGUGUCUGAUGUGGACAAUUACAUCUGCAAGUUUUGUAGCUUUGAGUUCUUUGAUAGGGAUGAGUUCAGAGAGCAUGAAGCAAACUGUGUUAAGGCACAUGCUACAAUGACAAGUAGUGACCAAAGGGAGGGCGAGUUCAAAUGUGAAACAUGCAACAGAAGUUAUCCUUCUAAAAAGAUGCUAGAACGCCACUCUAAAGUUCAUCAAAUCUGGGGAACUGCGUCAAGUAUAUCAGCCAGCUCUGCUGCUUCUUCUCUUCGGGAUAGUGAUAGCAUUGACGACAUCUCUGUAGAGGCUGGGACAUUCCCUGAUGAGGUUAGGCCUCCUCGACCCUUCAAAUGCCAACUCUGUGAGUCAACAUUCCUUGAGGAAUCUCACUUGCAAAUUCAUGUAGAGAUUCAUAGUAUGGAUGGACCUUGGGCCUGUGUUGUCUGUAAGAGGAAGCUUAAGCAGAGGGCACACCUCUUGGAGCACAUAUAUGUUCACUGGGGAUACAAACCAUAUGUUUGCCUGUAUUGUCCUAUGGACUUUAAGAGAGCCUAUGAGGCAGAGAGACAUAUGAUCUCACACAAACAACAGCAGAGGGAAACAGUAAAGCAUGGACGGAUUGGAGCAACAAGCAAGAAUGGUGAUGUUAACAAUGCUGGCGAAGUUGAUGAAUCCACAGGGUCCAUUCUCCAAGUUUUGUUAACAAAGCCGCAAACUCGUAAUGAGUCACUUGUCUCAACAGUACAUAACCCAAGUGAUGACUUCGCAAGUGAUGACUUCGCAGGUGAGGAUGUGGGUGAAGCGUUCAAGAACUUGGGUGACUCGUCCCUAGCCCCACAGUCUGUUACUCCUCUGAGAUGUCCUGAUGAUGGCAAAAACAGACCUUUUGCUUGUGAAUUAUGUGACAGAGCAUUUACUGCCAAGUCUUCACUGAGGGAACAUCUCUUCUUACACUUUGGGAAGCCGUAUCCCUGUGACUUUUGUGAAAGACAGUUUACAAGGAAAGCCUACCUGAUCAGCCAUAUGAAAGAAGUGCACCCCGAAGCAGAUACCUCUGCCAUUGAGGACAGUGUUCUAGAUGCAAAAUACGAAGAGAUUAUCAACAAGGCUCUUGAAAGGAAUCAGUCCAUGGACCAGAAGAAAAUCUCUCAGCCUGAUAUGAUUAUUGAACCAAUCUCAGACAGGCCAUACGUCUGCAAAGUUUGUGGUAAAAGUUUUGAGUUCUCUGCCACUCUCAAGAAGCACAUGCAAGCCCACGUCAAGCUGAAACCGCUCCUCUGUGACUUUUGUGAGAGGAGGUUCGUAAGACAGAGCUAUCUAGAUGACCAUAUCAAAACUCAACAUCCACCAGGAUUGAGAUCCAAAGACCCUAACAAGCCCUUCAAGUGUGAGAUCUGUGACCUUACCUUUUCCAAGCGAUCUUAUCUCAAGGAUCAUCGCUACAGACACAAGCUCAAGAAGCCAUUCCCUUGCAGUUUUUGCACCAAGAGCUUCCGUCGGAGAUGUCUCCUGCUAAUGCAUACCUCUCGCCAUCAUCCUAAUGAGCAUCGGCAGAUGGUACCCAACCAACCAAAAGCAGCAUCUGCUUCUCAUUCACCAGGAUACGCACCAAACACUCUGAAGAUCAAGCUGCCUUUCCAAAAACAGAAAUCUGCAGCUUCUCUUGAUUCGAGCCUGAAAAGAGACCCUCUAAUGUGCCAUGAGUGUGGUACCACUUUCUCAUCUGUUGCCAAUGUCAGGAGACACUUGCGUAUCCACAGCGGGGAGCGUCCAUUCACUUGUAAAUUUUGCUCAUGGUCGUUCAACCGCAAGGAGGUGUGGAAAGGCCACAUGAAGAAGAAACAUGCAGAAGAACUGCGGGCAGCAAAAAACCGAGCAAACCCUAACCUUGGCAGAAUCAAGACAGAAGGCUUCAACUGUGACAAGUGUGGAGGAACAUUCAAGAGUUCUUAUGCUUUGUCUGUACACUUGAAGCAACACAGUCAGGGUUCUAGUUCUCGUCCAUUUAAGUGUUCGUUAUGUGAUCUAGCCUUCAUUCGACAGUCUGAUCGUACCAAGCAUUUGAAGUUUGUCCAUGGUCUUGACCAAGCUGAUAUCGACGCCAGUGCUUUGGGCAAAAAGGAAAUCAAAAUGGAACCUAAUACGACACCACUCCAUAGCACACCACAGACUGUGACGCUUCCUAAUGAAUUGCAUGUGUGCCACAGAUGUGGGGCACGUUUCGAUUCAUUUUGGGGUCUGGAGAGCCAUUCAAGAGUUCACGAAAAGCACUCAAGAUUUCCCCGUCCAUAUAAAUGCGUUGAAUGUUGGGCUGCAUUCAAAGGACUUUCCAACCACACACGCCAUAUGAGGGUUCAUACUCCAGAAUACAUUGCGGAGACAAAGAUGCUCCUGAAUGAAAUGCCUGGCAGGAAGUCAAGAGUUCAAACAUCCACAACUUCUCCGCCGAAUCUCACUGUGGAACCAACAGACAAAGGACCGUUUCUAAGUGGGAAAGAAGCAAGGCGCCACGUGUGUCCCAAGUGUGGUACUAGCUACAAGUAUGCAAGGAACCUGAAAAAACACAUCCCUCGCCAUAUCAAGUCCAGCGAUCGCCCCUUCCAGUGUAAAGUCUGUGGGAUUUAUGCAAAGACCAAAACUAGUAUCGCCAAGCAUGGUCAGAUUCACGGUCCCCAAGCAGCUACAUCUACCUCCACUAGUACAGUUUCCUAUGACUGCGUAAAGUGUGGGAAUGCUUUCACUACCAAGCAGGAGCUGCUGAAACAUCUGGCAUCUCAUACCCAGUCCAUAUCUUUUAAGUCAAUGUUCAGAUGCAAGUACUGCAGUGCCGGUUUCAAGCACAGGGGAUCCCUUACAAUACACGAACGCUCCCAUUCCAAGUUGAACUUUGGUUUUAUGCGGGGGACGGGCCAUGCUGUGAACGCAACAGAGAUUUUCCGGAAUGGCGAUAAGCAGGUGUUCGUUAUAAAAGGCUUGCAGUGUCCGGUGUGUGAGAAAACAUUCACAAGACGCUCCGGUGUCAGCAAUCACAAGAAAGUUCACCCAGACGUAGAGUUUGUAUGGGAGGAAGAGCUAAUGGGUUCUGUAGAUAUGACUUCAGAUAGGCCUUAUCAGUGUCGCAUCUGCCUCAUGAGAUUCAUGAGGAGAUCGGGCCUAUCUAAUCACAUGCACUCUCACCGUAUCAAAGUGGGUAAAAGCAACCCCUCGCCGUCUAAGACCUAUACUAAAACAGAAAGCGACGGUUUCCUUCUAAGUACAGAUAAUGAAGGGGUGACAUCAAAUGCAGAGGAAAGACCCUUCUCUUGUGAGCAGUGUUUGUGCACUUUCAAAACCAAAGGUUCACUGACGACACAUACCAAAGUGCAUAGCCAUGAUAGACAGGAUGAGCGGAAUCAUGUCUGUGACAUCUGUCAGUGCAGGUUUAUUAGUUCUACAAACUUGAAGAAGCAUCAGAAAGUCCAUACAGGUCAGCCAGGGACUCCAGUACGGACCGACCCUGUUACGAUGUAUUCUCAACUAGAAAAUGCAGAGAGUAUAGAUAUCAAGACCAAGAGGCCCUUCCGAUGUCGAUUGUGUGGUGAUACAUUCAAAGCCAAGCACCUCCUAGAUGAUCAUAUUCAGGUUCAUAGCGUUUCACCAAGACAGUCCGCAGUUAGACAAAAGGAACAAAGUGGACUGGCUGCACACUUAACUGAAAGUAGUGGGGAAGCCUUAAUAAGAAUGUCCGAUAGACCCUUUCCAUGCCCAAUUUGCGGUGACAGGUUCCGACUGAGGACUACCAAAUACAAGCACAUCCGUCUCCACAAACAGAGUGCAGGCAAACCCUUCAAGUGUGUUGAAUGCGGCCUUGGCUUCUAUUCUGUUGGUAACAUGACGAAGCAUUUGAGACGAGCCCAUCGCAGAUUUUCAAACAAUGUAGGAGACGAACCGGUCGCAGAGAUGUUGAACAGCCUGAAGGUUACCCCUGAGCCGGUAUCCCAGUCAGUCAGGUCUCCAAUCAGGUCUCCUUGUAGACCCUCCAAGAUGAGACCAUUUGCCUGCAAGUAUUGUGGAGAUACAUUCACCAUGAGAUGCAACAUGAACAGGCAUCGGAAACGACAUGAAACGGGAGACAACUUGCCGUUUCGUUGUUCACACUGUGGGUUCGGAUUCAAGAGCACCAAAGAAAGGACAAAGCAUAUAAUGCGUGUUCACAAUGAAGAUCCUAAAGACAAUGUGACGCCUGAUUUUAGGAAACCAAUACGCACAGGACUGAAAACCUACAAAUGUCCCAUCUGUGAGGAUAACUUCAGUGAUUCUUCAGGAAUCUACAAACACUUGCGUGUUCAUGCUAAGAGUGCAAAUAAACCUUACAAAUGUGACGUUUGCAAGAUUGGAUACAAUACAAUGGUUGGUCUGUCUAGACAUCGUGGUCGAGUUAAACACUUUGGCAGUGCUCCUGGCAACGAAGGUUUAGCAAGUUCAUCCAAACAACUGCCACCAAGAGACAUUAAACCAGAUCUAAUUUCCCUGCAGGCUAGCUUAGGAAAGAAUAUGCAUAAAUGCCAUUACUGUCCUGCUACUUACAAGGAUCGAUCCUCUGUCUGGAGACAUGAGAGAGUUCACAAGCUUGGUGUAUCCAAUACAAGACCAUUUUCUUGUAAAACCUGUGGAUUUGCCUGCUACUCCAAAACACACUUGGAAAGGCAUGUACAGAUGCACCGCAGAGCUCCUGGAUUCAUUCAUCCAGAUUUGCAGUCAAGGAAAAAGUCGACCUCGGACCGCUGCAAGAGAUGUGGGUUGUCAUUCCGUACAAAGAGCCUCUACCUUGUACACAUGAAGAGAUGCUCAAGAACCUCGACAUUUGUAUGUAAAAUCUGCUCUGUUCCUUUCAGCAAUCAAAUCAUGCUCACCAAGCACGUACGCCAGGAUCACGGUGGUCUUCAGAGGGACGUCAUCAACCUAGGUGGUAGGAGGAUCAUCAGAGAGACUGGACAUGACAAGAAGUUCUGCUGUGACCAGUGUGACCAAAGGUACAAAAGACCUAGUGAACUUGAGAAGCACUUGCGACGCCAUGCCCUUGGCUUCAUCAGGCCACAAGAAGGAUUCACUCCCUCAGUCAUCAAGCAAGAAGAGGAUGUGGAAGUGAAUGUGGAAACAAUGGAAGAGAGUUAUGAAGAGAAUCUUCCAUUAAGAGACGACGCAGAGCAAACAAAUGAAUUGUCUGAAGUCGAGGUGCCGUCUACUAGUACAAGUAGUUGGAAUAUGACAGCAGGUCGAAUACCAGUUCACAAUAGAACAAACAAGUCGGAUAGGGCACGACCAUUUGUAUGUCAAACCUGUGGAUUUGCCUUUAUGACUGUCAUCCAUCUGCGCAAGCAUACACGUCUUCACAAGGUAGCACACACAAAGCCGUUUGUUUGCAAAAUUUGCACGCUGGGUUACACAAGACUUUUGGACUACCACAGGCACUGCAAUGUAGUUCAUCCUUGGGGGAAGGGGAAAGGUCAUCAGGAUGGGGUCAGAUGUCCUCGUUGUAAGGAGAAAUUUGAAAAUAAAAGCGACUUGGUAGAGCACCUGGAAAAACAAUCCUGUAAGUUUGUUGAUGACCUUCCAGAAGUUGAGACGAAUCUGCAAGGUGGAGAUGGAACCGAAGAGAUGAAUACAGCAUCUGCUGCUGUAGAGGGUGUUGAAGGUGAAGAGAGUGCUGCUACUACUGCUGCUGCUACUAGGCAAGGUUUUAGUAAUAAACAUCUAGUGUGUCCCAUAUGCAGCUAUCAAUUCCUUGCCAGACCUCAUCUCGAAACACAUAUGAAAAAUCAUGACAACUGGGAAAACCAGCCCUUCAGAUGUGAGCGCUGUCAAAUUGGUUACAGUACUAAGCAACAUUUGAGCAAGCAUGUAAACAUGAACAUUCAAUGUAUCAAGCUGGCCAGGGAAAAGGAAAGGAAGAAAAAACUAGAUGAGCAAAACAAUACUAUGACUACCAGUAGUACAGAGUUUAAUGCAGAACUAGGAGAGAUGGCACAACCUCAGAUGUCACGAAGUGGAAAGCUGAAACGACAUAUCUGUCAGUACUGUAAGAAAGGAUUUGUCAAAAGAGGACAGUUACGCUUCCAUUUGGAGCUUCACAAGCCAUCCCCUGAUCGACCACAUGUAUGUGCCAAGUGCGGUAUGGGCUACAAGACUCUCUCAAACUAUGCCAAGCACAUGAAAUGGGAACAUUCCAGGCCCACCACUUCUCAGGAGAAAUUGACGGCAGCUAUAUUCAUGUGUCGGGACUGUGGGUAUUCAGUCACCAAGAAGUCCCUGUUGGAAGAGCACACCCGCUUUGGGUGUCCCAAAAAGAAGGAGAAUCCUGCCACAGAAGCACCGCAAGCCUGUCCAGUCUGUGGUAAUUACUUCAACUCGGCCGGUAUGCUUUGCAUUCAUAUUCAUGAACAUAUAUACCACAAGCUGUUCAUCUGCAGUCAGUGUCCUCUAAGAUUCGCCAACCCAGAGGAGCGAGAGAAACAUGAGCUAAACCACCCAGACUGGAAUAAUAUGUUGCUGCAGUUAUUGUCAUCGGAGUUCAACCACAGGCUCAAUCAUCCAGAAGACGGGCAAACUAUAAGAGUGAAGACAGAGCCCGGUCUGGAAGAAGACGCUAUAGCUCCAUAUGUUGCUGAGAAAGUGCUACAGCAGGGACCAUCUACUGGAGUCCUGGUGGUCAAGCCAGAGCCUGUGGAUGAGCCAGAGUACAAUUAUGAUCUAGGAUCUCUUCAGGAUAGUGCCCUUGGAGAUUAUCAAGCCCUGCUUCCUGACACUUCAGACAGCGUCUUGCCGAGUAUUUUUCAGCAAACCAGAAGACCAGAAGGACAAUCUUCAUCGGCUAGUAGACUGGAGAAAAUAGUGUCAAAUCUUGCAGCUCAAAAACCAUCAUCUACAGACUGGUCAAAGACGUCUCCUGGUAUCUUUUCUGGAUCUAGUUUAAGUUCUCAAAGAAGACCCAGUGUAGAGAAAAGGCCCAGUACAUCUACAGUUGUCUCAACACCAGUUUCCAGUGUCUCUACAUCAGUUUCAACUGUCUCAACAUCAGCUUCAGGUGUGAAUGCAAUGCCAGAUUCAGAGACACUGGCAAAACAAGUGGCAGAGGUUUUACCAAGCUCCAGUCCAGCGGCAUCUGUCAAGCCUUCACCUAAUGUUGUUUCCAAGAAAUCUAUGGAGCAAAAGGCAACUCCAAAACAGAAACUGUUCCGUUGCAGAUAUUGCCCAUCUGCAUUCAGGCUUAAAGGACUCUGCAUGGCUCAUGAGCGUCAAUCACACAGGAAGAUAUACUCGAAGGCAUCUGAUAACAGCAAAAGACCUCUGAAGGAUAUCAGCAAGAUGUCUGUCUGUGACAUUUGCAAUGCUGUGUUUGAGCAGCAGUCAAGUCUAUCAAGGCAUAUGCUUUUCAAGCAUGGGGUUCCUCUUAAACCUAAAGAACCUGCAGGAGAUGAUACCAUUCAAAGAGCUCACGGGCGUGCAGGUAGAGCUGAAGUACACUAUAUUGCUGAUGAUGGCAAUGUAAGUGAAGGUCCAUUUAUAACCAACAUAACAAGCCAAGGAAAUUUGCAUAAUGAAGCUGUCCAACAUGAACAACCAUCGUUGUUGCAGCAACGUCUGGAGGCUCCACUCUCGCCCUCGUUGGUACGACCGUCCUCUUCUGGUCAGCCAAUGUCUCAUCUAGAAUCCCUAUUGACUGGAAGAUCUUCAUCACCUGUAAACCAGUCAUCCCUUCUUUCAGCGGGUGAGCUGGAUUACAGACCUUACAAAUGUGAUAAAUGCAACUUUGCCUUCACCCAGCGCCACCAUCUUGUCCGACACAUCAAGAGGGACUCCUGUGCCUUUCAUGUCCUGGGGCGCAAGGCUGCUGCCCAACUCAAGGGUGGGGACGUAGGUAGCAAACCAACAUCCACGAAUGUCCACGGUAUGAAGAUCAAGGUCGCAGAGAAGAAGCAUAAAUGUAAAAAGUGUUCCAAAGCUUUCUGGAAACGCAUCAGAUUAGAGAACCACAUGCGGGUGCAUCACGGAGAAGGCCUCUUUCAAUGUCAAUUCUGUGCUAAGGAAUUCAGGUUAAGGGUGGAUUGCGCAGACCAUGAAGAUUCUUGCCCAUUCGGUCCUGGGGCAAUGGAUGAUCUGGACCUUAACGGAGGAGACUUGGGCUAUGAACAGGGGGUGGACUUUGGCCAGACUGAGGAUCAAGAUUUUGGGCCUGAUGCAGAGCUAGAACCUGAUGUAGAGCUAGAACGGGCCCAAGAACAAGCGUUUGUUGAAGAUCAGAAUGAUAACUUAGGUUUCUGCUAGUGCAAUGCAUUUCAUGUCAUCAUCUAUCACCAUUUGAGAAGCUGCAACUGAUCUGAAAAAAGAACCAAACUAAUCAACUCUUUUAUGAAUAUGGACAAGUUUAUACUACCCUGCUGUUUAGGUCCAGUUUGGAUGGAAAAAUUAUGCCUAUUGAAAAAUAAUGUAUUAUCAUGUUUAUGUGUUUCAUGAUUAUAAAAGUUUGUCUGGUUUGUACAAAUAAUACAUGAAGAUCAUUUUUAAUUCAAUUUUCUUUGUGUUUUUCGAUGAGCAUAUAUCUGACUGUAAUACGGUGCUUUUGCCAUUUCGUAGUAAAGGGUGAAUGUGUUGAAUUAUUCUAGUACAUUUUUGUACUGGCACAUGCUUACUAGAGUUAAUAGGGUUUUCUUGGUCCUGUUUUUGUCUUCUUUAAUCUAAUUCCAAACGCACGUUCACCCUGUUUUAGAGUGAAUUUCAAAUAACUAAAAGUAUGUAUGGAACAAGUAGGCAAAUGUUGACAAAUAAUAAACAAAUUUUGUCAGUGUUUUCUGAAGUUUUACCUCUAAUUUGCAAUAACAUGUACUACAUUUCCUGAUAUUUACAAUAAUUUUUGUUCAGCUUAUAAUUAAUUUCAUGAUAGCUUGCAAUGUUCAUGAAUCACAAUUUUGCCUAUACUCUGAAUAUGAUAAUGAUAAAUUAAUGGCUCUAUGGCCACUUUCCAACACUAAUCACAUUUUUGAAGAUAAACCCAGCACUGUAUUUUACCAUGACCAUAUACAGUCAAACCUGCUUUAGU